AUGGAUUUAUGCGAUGAGAUGUCGUGGGCUAUGGAGGUGUCGGUGGGUUUGGGAGGGCCGGUAGUCUUCACGCACAACGAUCUCAUGCGUCGCAAUAUAUUAGUCCGCAAUACGUGUCAUACAAAUGCCGACGAUUUGGAUGUCUUUAUAGUGGACUACGACUGGAGUUGUUAUAUGUUUAGGGGCGCAGACUUUGCCGACUAUUUCAUCGACUGGUGUCAACCGGAACUGGAUUUCGGUGGCAAUGACUUCCCGACCGAUCAACAGAUGUACGCCUUUAUCGACGCCUACAUCUCGGAAAUGAGUGCACUUUCGGGCGAUUCCUAUACUAAACGUGUAGUGAAUUCACGCGAAACACUGGUAAAGGAGGCAAAAGAAUCGAUGAAAACCCGGACAAAAAUCGGAGGCAAAAUCAAAAGCAAUGUAUCGGUUGAGGAUCGGCUAAAAGUGUAUGAAUUAUGUAAAACACAUUUAGGCGGCCAUUGGAGUGAUGUUAGUGCCGAUCAACUGGUCAUCAAACCCACGAUAUAUAUGAGCGAUGAUAUUAUAGAAAUAUGGGGCAUAACUCAGCAAACAGCUAUCAGUAUAUUAAUGUCAGAGAUUAAUAUAUCGCCCAAAAUAUACGGAAUGUUUGAAAAUGGGUUCAUCAGUGAGUUUAUUGAUUGUCGUUAUUUCAAUGCUGACGACGACCUCAACCCUAUUGCCGUCAAACUGUUGGCCCAAAAGGUGGCAAAAAUGCACUCAAAAUACAUACCGAUUGCCAGAAACGGCACACAAAAGACAUUGAAAAUAGUUUUCGAGGACUGGUUUGAUAGCCAACGGAUUGAGUCCUACAGACAGGGAGUCAUACGGAAAGAGAUAGAGAAACAAAAGUGUGAAACACUUAUGGAAAUGGAUUUCGUGGCUGAGUUGGCGUGGGUUAGGAAAGCCGUCGUCCACCUCAACAGUCCGGAAGUGUUUUGCCACAACGACCUCAACCGCCGCAAUAUACUCGUCCGCAAUGGAGAUAAUGACCACAAUUUGGAU